AUGGGCAAAUCAUCACAGGUUGCCAUGGAUCCUGAUAGCAGCAGUGAUCGCAUAACAGCUCGCGUUGGAUCGCGAACGAAGAAAGCUAAAAUUGUAUUUGACCCCUCCGAUCAUCAUGUGCCGCGAAAACGCAACCGCCGCGGUGAAAACGAUACAGCGGUAACAACAACGGGGCCAUCGAAAUCAGAAACAAGCCGGACCACAACGCCGUUAUCGUCGUCGCCUACCGAAGGUGGUUCAAGCUACGAUAGUCAUACAUCGGCGGCAACUUCAACGCUACCGAUAAUAACAGCUAGCCAUCGCAGUGGUACUACGACGCCGGGGACAUCGUGUCGCCUUUGUCAGAAAUGCGGCCAGAAAGGCCCAGGACGAAUACCCCGUAAACCACCCACAACACCAUGGACGUGUUCAGCUUGUCUGUUACCUAAAACGGAUAGCAAGACAUCCGGUAACAAACAGGUAAAGUCGAAAAAUCAAACGAAAUCGGUCAGGCAUCGAACCUCUGAAGAAUCCGAUAAUAUCAAUGACGGAGAGGAGGAGAAUGAGGAGCAGGGAGAAGAAGAAGAAGAAGAAGAGAAAGAAGAAGAUAACAAGCAGCAGCAUGAUUUUGCCGGAUUCAGCGAGACGGAACUCGGUGGCCAUGGGAAUGCAAACGAUGUAACGGCAGAAGAACGGCUAUAUCCUCCGGUCAAACAAGACCCAAGUGCGGAUAGUGACGGUGGAGACCUAGCCGAUACCACCGCACCUAGUAAAUCCACUAAAUCGACAUUUAAAGUCGAUCAUAACAAUGAUGAAGGAAGAGAUGAAUCGGUCAAAGACAUACGGUAUUGGACGUGCGAUGAUGUGUGUCGCUUUUUUGGUAGACAUUGCCAAGCGUGGGGUGAUUUAUUCCACGAACAGGAAAUUGAUGGCGCAUCGUUGCUCUUAAUGCGGAAAGGUGAUGUACUGACGAGAUUUGGCCUUAAGCUUGGCCCGGCAAUGGAACUGUAUCAGCGUAUAGUUGCUCUACAGAACGGUGACAGAGAUAUAGUCGAUGUACGAUUGACUUGGAUAUAA